AUGGGUAGCUUUUGUAGUAAGGAGGUUACCACCUGUAAACAAAACCUCAUCACGACCUUUCAAGGUCACAGUGAUGGCAUUAACUGUAUGGCUUUAAGUGACAAUGGAUAUAUACUGGUUACAGCUGGGGAUGACAAAACAGGAAAGGUUUGGGACGCUAGGUACGGAAAAGGUUUCCGAAGAAUGGGCGAACUCACCGGACAUACCGGUUACAUUACAUGUAUCCUUAUCGUCGGAGGAUAUAUUUUGACCGGAAGCAGUGACAAGACAGUUCGAAAGUGGGAUGUGGAGAAUAACUUCCAGUCAAUUACAAUAUGUAAAGGCCAUAUUUCGUUGAUUCACAGAAUGAUUUGUACAGGUGAUUUUAUCUUUACCAGUAGUUUUGACCAUACCUCUAGAUGUUUCGAUUUCGACACAGGAGAAUGCCUGAGGGUGUUCAAAGGACAUAAGCGCGCCAUCUACCCCCUCGUGUUCAUACCAACGCUUGAUGAGGAUGAUGAAGAAGCUGAAGAACAGGAUGAAGAUAUGUCUAUUGGGAUCCUUUUGACGGGGUCAGCAGAUGGCACAGCAAGGUCGUGGAACUGUGAUUCAGGACAAACAAUUAAUAUCUUCAAAGGGCAUACAGGGCCUGUUACAUGCAUGGCAACAGAUGAAUCGAGAACGUUUCUGGUUACCGGAAGUGUAGAUACUGAUAUCCAUAUUUGGAAGAUUUCCUCGGCGAACCUUCUCAAGACCUGUAGUGGACACACAAACACAAUUAUCUGCUUGCAGGUGUCUGGUCAUCUACUUUACACAGCAAGUGCUGACGGGACGGUUCGGGAGUGGGUUUACAAGUACGGGGAGUGUUCAAUGGUUAUGAAGGGCCACACCCACACAGUGUCCAGUGUGAAGGUGGAGACUGUUAGUGAACAGGAUAGCACCGGCCGUAUUAACACCAAGCGAACAGUUUUCACUGGGUGUGGUGACAAGUUAGUUCGAGCGUUCGACCCAGACACAGGCCGUUUAAUACGAAGUUUUCCUGGUCAUGACAAAGGCAUAACGGCUAUCAAGGUACAAAAAGGAAUGCUGUACAGUGCUUCAUAUGACGGUACAGUCAAACUCUGGCACGCUUUCGAUGUCCCCGUCGAGGAGCGAAACAACAACGAUGGCUCACAGGAAAAACGUCCCUCACCUGACUUGAGGAAACGCAAAGUCAGUCAUAGUGAAGCAUGA